GUCGCAGUAAAGAGGCCAUGUUGUAAUAUUGGCCGGGGUCCUACAAAGGCUCCUGAGGACGCUGCAAAGACCAAAGGGUUCCCCACCGAGUGUUGUAGUAGCAAUAUUACGCCUUCGUCCGCUUGAACAAAAUGAACACAGCCAGCUUUAUAUCCGCAGUGCGGAGAGGAUGCGCGCAGACCAGACGUCCUCAAAUACCUUUUUCCUCUUCGAUGGUUCAGUGCUGCCUGCAGUCCACGCAGCCUGUCCCUGCAGCCCGGCUGCCUUACAGAGUGAAGGUGUCUGCUGGGAAACGCUACGCAUGGUGUGCUUGUGGACACAGUAAGAAACAGCCUUUCUGUGAUGGGGCUCACAGGACAAAAGCUCCGGGCAUCUCUCCUCUACACUUCACCCCUGACAAAGACAGGAAGUUCAUGCUGUGUGCCUGUAAGCAAACCAGAAACGCACCGUACUGUGACGGCUCACACUUCCGGGUCAUCUUCCGGGAUUUGGUGAAGUCGGUGAAAGGCAUCUUUAAAUGAAUAGCUCAUCUCAACCAAAGUACGCCUGCUGUGGAGAUCAUCAGUAACAGUAUUCAUUUGAUACUGCGUCUGGGUUGAACUCAUUACAUUUUGACAUUUAUGGCGGUUUGCCUUUUGUUGGGAAAAUGUGAUGCCCUGCAUCGUGUUAUCCUCUUCAUACUUGUCAGACUGACAUUUUGGCUGUAUAAAUGAAGUGAUUCAUGAUGAAGUAUAUAUGUUUUGUAGCCUAUGUUCAUAUAAAAAUGCAUAAUCCAAUAAAAAUACUUAACAAAACAAA